GCAGUAAUUAUCCAAAAAAGUGGUACACAGUUAGUCUAUCAGAAAAUUUUCAAGCAAGUCUAAUUACUCAAUCUCCUCGUGUUUCUACGUGCCACUAAUUAGCAGCAAUCAGCAAUCACUAGCUGGUGAAUAUUAACCCCAGCAUUGCACAUUCUACAAGUAACAAGUNGAGACAAUAAUAAUGCCUGCCGUCACCAAACUAGCCACGUUUGAAGAAAUUUUGGCAUUGGCCAAAUCGACAUAUCAUGAAAUUUUUGGCGCUGAUCCAGAACUGGCCUGCUGUGCACCAGGACGUGUUAAUUUGAUUGGUGAACAUAUCGACUACAAUGACGGUUUUGUCCUGCCAAUGGCGCUGCCAAUGGUCACACUGAUCGUUGGCGGCCGUCGCACGGACACUAAGGCUUCAGUGUUUACGCACUGUGGUGGAUGUGAUGACCCAAAGCAUGUGGAAUUUUCGCUACUCGAUUUGAAACCGGAAGCGCCAAA